UUUCAUCAAAAAAUAAAAAUUGAAUCCGAAAUAACUCAUUGCCAACACACUCUUUAAUAGUGCUUUAAAUCAUAUUUCGAUUAAGUCAAAUCUUAAUUCUGAUGUUUUGACUAUCAAAUUUGUUCAUGAAAACUGUAAUUAUUACACAAUUUGCCAGUUUUUUGAGAAAGAUAGAGUUAGAUCACAAUCAAAGAAAUUAGCCGAGGGCUCCGUCACCGUGAGAGACGACCUGCAGAGUGCGUUUCAGCACGUGUCUGAAGCGUGAGAAAGUGAUAUUUCAAACUCAGAACAAAAAGAAAAACGGCACAGAAUAUCUCUAACAGUAAUUCAUCAUGGGGAUUUUAGAAAAGAUUCAGCAAAUCGAACUCGAGUUAUCACGAACCCAGAAAAAUAAAGCAACAGAGUACCACAUUGGGCUCUUGAAGGGAAAACUUGCCAGAUACCGUAGAGAGUUAUUGGAACCCAGUGGAGCAGGCAGUGGGAGCUCGAGCAAACAACAGGGCUUUGAAGUGCAGAGAAGUGGUGAUGCCAGAGUGUCGUUGAUCGGGUAUCCUUCGGUGGGAAAAUCGUCAUUUUUGUCAAAGGUCACCAAGACCAAGUCUGAAAUUGCGCACUAUGCCUUCACAACAUUGACAUCUGUUCCUGGGGUGUUGGAGUAUAAUGGAGCAGAAAUCCAGAUUGUUGAUUUGCCCGGUAUAAUCAAAGGCGCCUCUGAAGGAAAAGGCAGAGGCAGACAGGUCAUUGCCACAGCCAAAACUUCAGACUUGAUAUUAAUGAUCUUAGAUGCUACAAAGUCGUAUGAGCAAAAGAGCUACUUGGAAAAGGAAUUGAACGCCAUUGGAAUCCGUUUGAACAAAGAAAGACCAAAUAUUUAUUUCAAGAUCAAGAAAACAGGGGGCAUCAAAUUCAGCUUUAUAAAUCCUCCAAAGUAUUUGAAUGAAAAGAAUGUGUAUGGGAUAUUGAGAGACUAUCGGAUACACAAUGCCGAUAUAUUGGUCAGAGAUGAAAACGUUAGCAUCGACGAAUUCAUUGACACUAUUAACGAUCAGCAUGUCAGGUACAUUAAGUGUCUAUAUGUUUACAAUAAGAUUGACGGGAUCUCGCUUGAGGAAUUGGACAAAUUGGCCAACGAGCCCAACACAGUUGUAAUGAGCUGCGAACUAGACUUGGGAAUUAAAGACGUUGUGGAGGAGAUAUGGGAGCGGUUGAAUUUGAUCAAGGUGUACACGUUCAAAAAAGGAGAGAGCUUGCCCAACUUUGAAGAUCCCAUGGUGUUGAGAAAAGACAGCUCGAUCAAGGAGGUGUGCGAUGCCAUCCACAAAGACUUGAAACACAGCUUCAAACACGCCUAUGUGUGGGGAACAAGCGCAAAACACAGUCCCCAGAGAUGUGGUCUCAGCCAUCAAAUUGAGGACGAGGACGUGAUCACCAUUGUCAGCAAAUAAGAGCCCGGCAUCUGAGACACCAAGGGGUCUCAGAGGUCUAAGGAAUUUCAGAGGUCUAAGGGUCUCAAACAUGUAUAUGUGUUGCCCAAACAGGAAGUACCCAAG